UUCUGGGAGUUGAAGUCCACAAGUCUAAAAAAAUUGCUGCCUCACCAGCCAUAAACCUCACCGCGCGUCACUGGAGAGCUGGGAAAUGGGACCGAUUUGGCUCUGGUGCAAUGGAUGGACUUAAUGACUCUUCCGUGCUAAACAGAACAAUGUAUAAUACAGAAGAAUCCUGAACUGUACUUUAUUGCACUAUACUGUAUCAAGUUUCUCCAAUCCAUUCACACCAACAGUGCAGCUAUAAAUAAAAGUAGUGCUGACUGAAGGGAGGAGGCAAUAACGCUUAGUCAUAUCAUGACCAUUCUAACCUACUCAGCUGCCUUCAUAAACAGAACAGAACUGUUACCAUAGUUAAGCAGCAAAACAGGAUAGCCGGAUUCCCCUCCUUUCCUUGCUCCUGUUUCAACAGCAGCUAACCCUGUAAGAGUCACUGCUGCUUUCCUCUCCCAGUGUUUGUGUGCAACUCUGCUCAACAGAAUCCACGACCUGAAGUCUCUAAUUCAGAAUUUCUCAACCUCAGCAGCUUUCAGAGGUGAGGUUUUCAUACUGGCUGGGGAAUUCUGGGAGUGUUGCUGAGGGUUGAAAAGCACUUCUCUCAUUUAUGGGAGCAAACGUGCCGUUUUCAUUCACUGCAAACAUUCUACAUAAGUUUCCACUGGAUUCCUUUCUGCUAUGUAAGUUUGCAGUGAGACAAUAAAGGAUGAUGACCAUCGGGUUGGCUCUUGGCCAUUAACGCUGAGAUGCUUCCCAGGCUCCGUCCUCAAUGCUGCAGCAGCUUGAACAGCAUCGGAAUCCGAAACUGAUACAGUCGUGUGGGUAUUUCGGGGUGAAUCUCGAGAUUCCGAAUUGAAAAGCCACGGAACAAUCCAAGAGGCAGACCGAUGAAUGGAAGAAUCUAUCCACUUUUUCCCGAUCCAGGAUCGUUCGUGAAUUAUUAUUUUUUUCGCCCCUGUUUUGUUUUUUCCUCCUUCUCAUUUGGUUAGCGAGCUCCCAGCUGGAACCAGUUCAGCAGCUUCUGGUGACGCGCGUCCCAUUGCCGGUUACCUGAGCUGGCCACGUGAGCGCCACAUCAUCGGGGAUUUUGAUAUUGAAAGUCACCGAAAGAAGGAACCAGAAAAAGAGCCUGGUCCGAGACCGAGGAGAGAGGGACCUCUGCUCCGGGGCUGAGAUCGCGUGGGCCAGCAAGCCGCGAGAGCCUCCGGGGCCACCCUCCGUGGGCUGCUUUCCCACCCCCGCAUCUCCCUCCAGCGCGCUUCGAGGCCCCAGGCUUCUGCGCUGAGCCGGCCGGGUCACUCAGGGACGCGGGUCUUUCGCGGGCUCCGGGCAGGGCAGCAGCGGUGGCGGGCUGGCGCUCGGAAGGAGUGCGCGGCGCUGGCGGGGGAAGAUGCUGCAGUCGCUAGCGGGCAGCUCGUGUGUGGAGAGGCACCGCUCCGCCUGGUGCUUCGGCUUGCUGGUGCUGGGCUACCUGCUCUACCUGGUCUUCGGCGCCGUGGUCUUCUCGUCGGUCGAGCUGCCCUACGAAGACCUCCUGCGCCAGGAGCUGCGCAAACUGAAGCAGCGCUUCGUGGAGGAGCACGAGUGCCUCUCGGAGGAGCAGCUCGAGAGCUUCUUGGCGCGCGUCCUGCAGGCCAGCAACUACGGCGUCUCGGCGCUGAGCAACGCUUCGGGCAGCUGGAACUGGGACUUCACCUCGGCGCUUUUCUUCGCCAGCACGGUGCUCUCCACCACAGGUUAUGGUCACACUGUGCCUUUGUCAGAUGGAGGAAAGGCCUUUUGCAUCAUCUAUUCAGUUAUUGGGAUUCCCUUCACCCUGCUCUUCCUGACAGCAGUGGUGCAGCGCAUCAUAGUUUAUGUCACCAGGCGGCCUGUACUGUAUUUCCACAUCCACUGGGGAUUUUCGAAGCAAAUUGUGGCCAUCAUCCAUGCCGUGAUUUUGGGCUUUGUGACCGUCUCAUGCUUUUUCUUUAUCCCAGCAAUAAUAUUUUCUGUCCUGGAAGAUGAUUGGAACUUUCUGGAAUCAUUUUAUUUUUGCUUCAUUUCUCUCAGCACCAUUGGUCUUGGCGACUAUGUUCCAGGGGAAGGUUAUAACCAAAAAUUCAGAGAGCUAUAUAAAAUAGGAAUUACAU